AUGGCCGAUGUACCCACAUUUCGCAACCUCUCUUUAGAGAGACAUGGGAACGUAUUCGUUCUGACCAUGCAAAAACCACCGGAAAACCGUUUGAACUCGUGGUAUUGUCAGGAGAUGAUUCGAGCAUACCGCACAGUCGAGAAACUUCUAGGACCAGAUUCCGAUGGUGCAGUUAUUACCAGAGGAAAUGAUGCCAAAUUUUGGUGCACUGGAUUGGAUUUAGAUGAAUCAGACAACAACCCAUUUGCCAAUACAGACGGCUUUUAUCCUCUAAUUCAUACAAUUCUCGAUUUUCCAUUCCCGACAAUUGCAUUGAUAACGGGUCAUACCUUCGGUGGAGCCUGCCCUCUCGCACUUGCACACGAUUAUCGUAUCAUGAACUCCCAGAGAGGGUUCAUAUCAAUGCCUCCAGUGAAUUUGGGAUUGCAUUUUGACGGCAUCGGAUCUUUGCCUAGACUCAAACUGCGGCCUCAGAUUGCACGCAAGAUGCUUCUGGAAGCACACCGAUGGACUGCUAGGGAGGCACUCGAGGAUGGAAUUGUGGAUGCCAUUGCUGAGCCUGAGCAAAUGCUUACUGCUGCGCUAGAGCUUGCAGAGAAGCGGGCACCUAAGGCGAAGAUGGGUGUUUAUGCUUUGUUGCGACAAGAGCUGUGGGGUGAGGCUAUUAAGAAGUUUCAGCGGAUAAGCUAUGUGCAUAGUCGAGUUACCUCUGCGCCUGCUAAGGUGAAGAUUUGA